AUGGAGGACCCAGCCCGUUCCAUUCCCCUGACCCCUCUGUCCAGCGCUUCUCGGGCUUCGGAGUCCAGCGCUCAAGAUAGCGCGCCUCCGCCAUACACCCCAGCUCCUCCGCCAAGGCCAUCGCAUUCCACCAGAUUGCACCCCUCGUUCUUGAUCCUCAUUCCGACCGUUCUGUAUGCAGGCCUGGCGCUGUAUGCCUGGAUUGUCCUCUGCAUUCUCUCGUUCCUGCCGAUCACAGCGAAGUCCUACGGUCUGCCAGACCUUUCUGAAUACUACAUUUGGGACACGGACACCCAUGCUCUCUUCGCGCGGAAUGAGAGAUUCUAUCGAUCCGCUCGAGUCAUCCAGUCCAUCGUCAGCGUCGUGACCAUCCCGUGCAUCUCGGCCGUGUGCGCUAGUGCCGCCGUCGUCUUUGCCCAGAACCAGCGAGACGCGUUUGGCUUGCGCAUGAGGCAAGUGAUCACCUUGGCCGAUCGGGGAUGGAUGGAUCCAGCCAUCUAUUUCAAGUUGAUCUUUGGCGGGUGGAAACGGUACGGGAGUAUGUUCCUGCUCCUCGCCAUCUUCAUCCAUCUUGUGGGCGGCUUCACAUACCCGCUGCAGGCAUUGUUUCUGUCGUUCAAGACCAUCAAGACGCCGACAUCCCCGGGUGACCCGAGAACGGUAUUCGAUCUUCCAGGACUCACGACCCUUAUGGGAACAGACAUCCCCGACGACAAUCUCGUCGUGGUUACCACCCGCCGAGCACUCCAGACGGCAACCAACACCCGUCCUCUGGCCCAGCUAUGGCAACGGGGUGGAGUUCGUGAAGCCACUCUCGGCAAUAUAUCUGCCCUGGAGGACCCUUUCUACGCACAGCUGUCAACGGGCUUCAACACCGGUCUCAUUCGCCAAUUCAUCCCACGCAUCAAUUCGACCGCGCAGUACGAGUCGAUCUCGGAAGACCAAUUCCCCACCGGCUGCGAUGCAUUGCAGGGCGCCUUUUAUGUAGACUACGACUACCUCAAUCCAACAGACCGGACUGCAGACGGCUGGCGUCUGGAGGCUUGCAUGCCUGCAGAUCUUCGACAGUCGCCAUGGAACGCGACCAGCAAGCGUCAGGACUUCUCCGAAGAGCUGUAUCUCAAUGUGACGGUCUAUACCGGGGAUGGUUAUGAAGAAUCACCUCCCGGGGGCAACUUGUACAAGGUGACGGUCAACACCACGGCGGGAUAUUUUGAGCUACCAAACUACAUGAAUGGUGGGAUCGCUGGUCCUUUGCUGGACGACUAUCCCAGCAGCAGUUCCUGUGGAUCCGACUGUCAGUCUGAAGCCUAUAUCACCCGCCGUCAGGAUGAUGCCGUGGGUAAUACAACGCUUUCGUCGGCGUCGGCGCGGACCACCAAUAAAGGACCGCUUUUCACCACCGCUCUUGCCCUUUUCGGCUCGGGAUCUUUCCUCGACACCUGGUCACAGAUGCUCAGUGCGAUGAACGCCAGUUUAUCCAAGUCCAGGAUCACGUACACAUCUAUCUGUCUUGACGUAGCACCCAUGCACUCCCUCUUCCUGGACGAUCACGGAAGCAUUCUCAGCACGGCGCAGGAUAUAGAUUACUGUGUUAAACUGGACGAUGCUAUGGUCAAUCCACAGUAUCCUCUAGUGUCCUGGCUCUUGAAUUUCAACGCAGACGCAGGACCACUGGCCAAUGCCUUUACCGCUGCCUCCUUCCUUGCCAACCAGGCGUGGAUGCAAUCGUUCACCUACUCGCACACCAUAACGAUCUACUCUGAUCCCGGCGCCGACAGUCAAAUCCCCGUCAUCUCCCUAGGCGGCAUCAUUGUCGGAUCCAUCCUGCUGGGUCUGUAUCUUUUCCCAUUAGUAGCCCUGGCCGUGUACGCGUCCCUGUUUCCGCGAUGGACAAAGCAGCUCGACGCGUUCGCGAUGAUGAGGCUCGGAGCAGCCGUCGGAGACGACAAACUGCCGCUGCUGGUAGGGAAGAAUUCAGACGAGAUCAAGGUGCUCGACGAGCUUCCGGGAGUAAUCCGCGAUGUGGCGGCGCCGCCGGCUGAAGCAGAAUUCGAAGAAGUUGAAGAAGGCAUCGAUAUCUAUAUCGGUCGCCUUGGCCUCGGAGCAGGAGUCCCAUUGAACCCGGAGAGGCGAUACCGAUGCUACCCAGGGGACCACGAGCCUUUGACUCUGGAGGAAAAGAGGGCGAUACAAGAAAGAAACGCCAUAACGCAAUAA